CCCUCGUAUAUAAAAAAAAGAAAGAGAAAAAAACACUCCAUGAACUCAUCCUCCUCGAUUCAUCGCAAGCCCCACUCUCAUACGCGGAGAACGAGCGACGGGAUUCUCUCGAUCCAUCUCACGCUGAAACCCUAACCCCGCAAUCCCAGUGGCGAUCCGAAACAGUAUCGUCGAUCAAUUCGAAUUGAAGAAUCCUCAAAAAGGACGUUUCCUCCCUCACCAAUCGCGUAAUCGCUCUUCCCAGUUUUUACUAAUCUUUCCUGUAAUUUUUGCUUGUUGUGUCAUUUUUUUGCGUCGACAAGUUGUAACGAGUGGUAGAUCUAUAGUAGAUCUCCUUUUUUUCGAUGGAUUUGAUGUAUUAUACGUCGCAUCUGGUUGUUGAAUUGAGAAUCGUGUAGAUCUUCGUCAUAUUUGUUUGGUUGAUUUGGAUUUGCGGUAUUGGAGUGGGAAGUAUAGGAUUUGUAUGGUUUGGAUUCGUUCUUUUUUGAUUUUUGGGUGCAUUGCUAGUUGAAUGAGAGUGUUUUGUGGGGGACUGGGGAGAUGAAAGGGUGGAUUGAGUCUCGGAAGGGACAAUGACAGGGGGGUCAUUGGGGCUCCGAUCGGGGAGCUAUGGAUCGCUGCAGCAGCAGCAGCUGCUCCAGCUGCAUAAUGGAGCCAUAUUGUCCGUCCCGUCGCCGCCCCUCUCCGGGCGCAAGCCCUCGAAGAUGCUGCUCUCGGGAUCGAGGGAGAAGGAGAGGCUCCUGCAGCGGAUCUGUAAGAUUGUCGGCCGGCGGAAGGUCGGGAUGCUGCUGUUGCUCAUCGUGUCGGCCACCCUCUACUGUUCGUUGUUCUCUGUCGUCAGUAAAGACGAAGAUGAAUCAUCUAGACUUGAGAAUACACUGGAAUUUUCAAAUCAUGUCGGCAUUAUUAUGAAACCUGGUAACACAGAAACUAGGGGAUCUAUAAAACAACAGUUUACUGCCAUUAGCAAUCAAAUUCAGCCUCAUAUUCCAACUCUCCCUCCGGUGGCACUUUUCACACAUCAUCCAUGUGAAAAUUUCUCAUUUUCUCUUCCACCACUCGAUAAAAAAAGAACCGGGCCACGCCCAUGUCCUGUUUGCUAUGUCUCUGUUGAGGAGGCCCUGAUGCUCAUGCCGCCUUUGCCAUCAGAAUCAAUUGUCAUUAAGAACUUAAGUUAUGUUUCAGAAGAGACUUUGGUCAUGAACGAGUCAAUUGGAGGCUCUUUAUUUGGAGGAUACCCAUCUCUUGAGCAAAGGAAUGAAUAUUUUGAUAUAAAAGAGUCGAUGACUAUUCAUUGUGGAUUUGUGAGAGGAAAGAAACCUAGUCAAGGGAGUGGGUUUGACCUAGAUUAUGCUGAUCUUCUUGAAAUGGAGCAAUGCCGUGGGAUACUCGUAGCAUCUGCUAUUUUUGGAAACUAUGAUAUAAUGCAACAACCAAAGCAUAUCAGCCAGUAUUCGAAGGAAAACGUAUGCUUUUACAUGUUUGUGGAUGAAGAAACAUAUGGCUACAUAAGGAACAGCAGUACAAUUGACAGCAGGAAAAGAGUUGGGUUAUGGAGGGUGCUGGUAGUCCGCAACCUACCUUACACGGAUGCAAGACGUAAUGGAAAGAUUCCUAAACUUCUGCUCCAUAGACUUUUCCCAAAUGUACGGUGGUCUUUAUGGAUUGAUGGAAAGCUAGAGCUUGUCGUGGAUCCCUUGUCAAUUCUUGAGAGAUUCUUGUGGAGGAAAAAAGUCACAUUUGCUAUCUCAAGGCACUACAAACGCUUUGAUGUUUUUGAAGAAGCAGAGGCCAAUAAAGCUGCUGGAAAGUAUGAUAAUGUGUCUAUUGAUUACCAAAUUGGGUUUUAUAAGAGAGAGGGUUUGACUCACUACACUCCAGCUAAACUUCCGAUCACAAGUGAUGUCCCCGAAGGCUGUGUGAUAAUAAGAGAGCAUACGCCGAUCACGAAUCUCUUCACAUGUCUCUGGUUCAAUGAAGUCGACCGUUUUACCUCCAGGGAUCAGCUUAGUUUUAGUACCGUAAGAGACAAAAUAAUGUCGCAAGUUAAUUGGACUGCAGACAUGUUCCUGGACUGUGAAAGGCGUAACUUCGUAGUUCAGUCAUAUCACAGAGACUUGCUAGAGCAGAGGCUCGCCGCAAUGCCCCCGCCCCCACCUCCCUUUGUCACUCGCGAAGCACCUCGAAAACUAUUCCCCGGCACUACCGUGAACGGGGCAGUAACAAGAACCUCUGCAUCAAGGAAGGUACCCGUGCGGCGAGGGCGGGAUAGGAAGUCGGGUUCGAGGCGCCAUCGCUCUAAAGCCACCCCUGCAAGGGAGAACAACUCAGUUUGAACUUUUUGGAGUAGGUCAUAAUUCUUUUUUUGUUACAAGAUUGCGAAGAGGAUAUUGGUGAUUUACUAUAUUCAUGCAGCACAAGUGCUCUGUAUUUUUUGGUCAGAAACUGUCGAUAGCUGAUUCAUUUGUAGCUGUACAUAACCAAUUUCAAAUUCAAAUAAAAUAACAUUCAAAAUUGCUCUUUUCAUGCA